CCGGAGAAGCUUUGACGUUGUAUCAGAACGCAAGGAUGGCUUCUAGCUGUAACAGUCCCGGAAUGGCGCAAGUUGGCAUCAUCCCCGAGUUCAGCGGGGACACGGACGAUUGGAACGUGUAUCAGGAGAUUCUGGAGGAGUUCUUCAAGGCGAACGGAGUGCCAGAUGACAACCGAGUGUCAGUGCUCAUCAGCGUGAUUGGCACUGAAACGUAUCGCACUCUGCGAUAUCUGUGCUACCCCACUUCACCGCGAGAGAAAAGCUACGAGGAGUUGUGUGCGCUGCUUGCUAAACAGUUUGUGCCAGAAAUUGCGAUCUUUCGCGAGCGUGCCAAGUUCUAUCGGGCACAGCAACGCCGCGGUGAAGAUGUUAAAUCGUGGUACGCGAGAUUGAAGAAACUAUCGGUGGAAUGUAAAUUUGGAGAACAUUUGGAGCCACUGCUGCUGGACAAAUUUGUGGUGGGACUUGCGGCGGGACCGAUUCAAGAUCGACUAUGUGAGGAGAACGAACAGUUGACACUGAAGGAUGCGCUGGAUUUGGCUGCUAACAGAGAGUCCGCAAUGCAGGAUGAAGACAUGGCGGAGGAUCUGGGUGAGCUGGGUUUGGACGAACGCAGAGGCGGACGCAGGAAGCACGGUCGCCACGGACGCCACGGUAGAUCUCACGGUUACGAGAUUGAAUUUGGCCACGGUCCACAUCAUCAUCACCAACAUCCACACCAUGGUCCAAUGGGACGUCAUGGACAUCAUGGUCCGAUGGGACACCACGGUCCCAUGGGGCGGCAUGGCCCAAUGGGACGUCACGGUCCUCCAAUCCCACCGGAAUUCUUCCGUGGUUUCCACGGAUUUGGUAGAAGAGCGGAACACGAGUGCCCAUUCAAGCAGCGCGGUCGUGAGAUGAAACGUUGGGCUAGGAAAUGGCGCAAACAUGGACGCCGAUCGAGUUCCACUAGUUCCAGCUCCAGUUCGAGCCCGAGCAGCUCGAGUGAAUCGAGCGGAGAUGAGAAUGAGCAGAAACGCAAGUGUCGCAAGGGACGUAAGCACGGACAUCGGCAUGGAAAGGGUGGACGUGGUGAUUCACAGUGUCCACGUGGGAAAUCUGGUGGUGGCAAACGGUGUGGCCGAACGGACAAGAACGAUGCGGAGGAACCGCUAGUGACGGAGAACACCGAACCAGAACUGAUUGAGUGAAUUUUUAGUGCGAUUUGAGGCAUCACAUAAAACAUAUAAUACCAUUUAUAUCUUAUCCAACCCCUGUAUACUCGUAUGAUUUAGUAAUGAAAAAACAAUAAAAAAAAUCAAUAUCAUUUCAAAA